GGUGUCCAGAGGAAAAAGAUACGCGCUGCCCUUUAAGUUUCCUUACACGACCAGACGCAAAAAAUUCUACUCCGGCCACCAUGGCAGCGACAUUGGGAAGAUUCAAUGGCUUGAGAUUGCUAAAAUCUACGCCAGCAUUGAAUCUGCAACAGGCUAAAAACCUAGGAACGGCCAGCAGCUGGGCAAAUAACAAUAAGAAGCUGAUUGGCGCUGUUGGUGCUAUUACCGGUGGCGUUGGUGCCCUGCUCUUUGCGUUGGAGCAGUCCGUGCAGGCUUCGGGCAGCGAGGUGCAUUCACCCGCUCAGCCCUGGAACCACAAGGGUCUCUUCUCCGCUUUGGAUCACCAAGGCAUUCGUCGCGGCUACGAGGUGUACAAGCAGGUGUGCUCUGCCUGCCACUCGAUGCAAUAUAUUGCCUACCGUAAUCUGGUUGGCGUCAGCCAUACCGAAGCCGAGGCUAAGUCAGAGGCUGAGCAGAUCAUGGUGAAAGAUGGUCCCGAUGAUCAAGGCAACUACUAUACGCGCCCUGGCAAGCUGUCGGAUUACUUCCCCUCGCCAUAUCCCAAUGAGGAGGCGGCACGUGCAGCCAACAAUGGUGCUUAUCCACCAGAUUUGAGCUACAUUGUCUCAGCACGCAAGGGCGGCGAAGAUUACAUCUUCUCUCUGCUCACGGGCUACCAUGAAGCGCCCGCAGGCGUUGUGCUGCGUGAGGGUCAGUACUUCAAUCCGUACUUCCCUGGUGGCGCCAUCUCCAUGGCCCAGGUGUUGUACAAUGAGGUCAUUGAGUAUGAGGAUGGCACACCGCCAACACAGAGUCAAUUGGCCAAGGAUGUGGCUACGUUCCUUAAGUGGACAUCGGAGCCAGAGCACGAUGAUCGCAAGUCGCUGUUGAUCAAGGUCAUUGGCAUUCUUGGUUUCCUGACUGCCAUCUCGUAUUACAUUAAGCGUCACAAGUGGUCUACGCUCAAGUCGCGAAAGAUUGUCUUUGUGCCCAAGGAGAAGUAAACUAAGGCCCUCAACUGUUGUUAGAACUUGAUUUGGCGUGCCACCUUGCGACUAAUAAAAAAAAAACAAACAAGAAA